AUGGCGUUCCUGAAGCAGAUGCGCUCCCCGCGCCUCUCCUUUAUCCAGACGAUCGUGUCUCUCUUCAUGGGUAGCCUUGCCCUCCUGUCCCCCUUCUGGUGCGAGGGUAGUCAGAAAGUACCCAAGCCACUGUGUUCGGCCAUCAAGCAAAGCAACUGCAUUCCCGUUCCCGGCGUCUCCAACUCCUCCAACAUCCAGUUCUCCUGGGAGACGGGGGACGACCGCUUUGUCUUCCCCACCUUUCAUACUGGCCUGUUUCUCAUCUGCGAGGAGAACAUCUACACAGACGCAUUUGAGGAGAAGUGUCGAGGGUUUCAUACUUUGACUCCGGGAUCUGAAAAAGGUCUGCUUGGGAUGGUGGGUCACAUGAUGUUCAUGCAGGUGUUUCAGACCACUGCCUCAAUGGGACCAGAAGACUUCAAGCCUCACAGCUAUGGCUACUCCUGGGCGUUCUACGUGGCCUGGUGUGCCUUCACUGUCUGCAUGUCAGCCGGUGUCUCCACUCUGAACAACUACACCAAGAAGGUCCUGAUGGUGGGACCCAGACGUAUCUCCAGCCUCAACGCCUGCAGCUUUAACUUCGUGGGGCUCCUGCCACCUUAUUACACCCCGGGGAACACAGCCAUGGCCUGUCCCCCAUCUCCCCCCCGGAUCUCCCACUUGUCUCCCUACUACAAGCCCCCAUUAGAAGCAUUACCGGCCUCAACUCCGAGGCUCACGCACUCCGACGCCCUGCCCUCUCUCCCCCACUCCAACUCCUUCCCUCCUCCCCUCUCCCACCACGCGCCUGCAUCCCCGUUCCACUGCCUCUCCCUCCCCUCUCCGUCUCCAGCACACAGCCAGUCCGUCUCCGUCCGCCUGACUCUGCCAGGACACCAGGAGAACCAUUACGGGCCGGAGGAGGACUACAGUCCACUUUGAACUACUGCAUGUAUCCAGACUGGAGUCUUUCUAUGGCUGUAGGAACUGUGGCUGUCUUCGUAAUGCAAUUUAAUGUUUGUUAGAGUUACAUUUACAUGGUCAGCAGUCAAGUGACCCAUAAAUCAGCUUUGAUCAUCACUCACUCAGUUUUAACAAAGGAACGUGUAAAUGCAGAGGACACCAAUGUUUUUUAAACUGUUUUUUAGUACAGAAAUGCUUCAUUUACUGUAUUAUUUAUAAAUAAUCUUACUCAAACUAUUUGCCAUUGUCACAGUUUAAA